AUGCGUCGCGCCGUGCUCCUGGCCUUCCUCGCAUCCCAGGCCGCCGCGCGGCUCGCGCCGCAGCCGUCGGCGGCGCGCACGGUCGCCCUGCGCGCCGAUGGCUCCAAUUUCAAACAGGCCGCCGUCGCCCGCGGCGGCGCGUCGGCCAAGUCGUCGGUGCCGGCGUCGACGCUGAACCUCGCGAAGAACAUCGUCGGCUCGGGCGUGCUCGCGCUGCCCGCGGGCGUCGCGGCCUACAGCUCCGCCAGGGGCGCGUCCGCGCCCGCGUGCCUGCUCAUCGCCGCGCUCGGCGCCGUGUCCGCGUACUGCUUCGCGCUCGUGGGCCGCGCCUGCGCGGCGACGGGCACGUCGACCUACCGCGGCGCCUGGGAGAAGACCGUGGGCCCGGGCACGGGCGGCCUCAUCACGGGCAUCUGCAGCUUCAAGACGCUCGUGGGCUGCGUCUCGUACUGCAUCAUCAUUGGCGACACGGGCACGGCGCUGGCGAAGAAGCUCGGCGCGCCGGCGCUCCUCGCGCGCCGCGACGUCCUGCUUUCGACGGUGGGGGCCGCCGUGCUCUUCCCCCUGUCCAUGCUCCGCGACCUCAAGUCGCUCGCGCCGACGUCGAUGCUCGGGCUCGCGGGCAUGCUCUACACGGCUUUAGUGGUCGUGCUGCGCGGCCUCGACGGCUCCUACGCGGGCGACGGCAAGAUGCUGGCGGCGCUCGUCGCCGAGGGCAAGCCGACGCCGGCCUUCGGGACGGGCAGCUCGCCCGGCGGCGCGCUGUUGCUCGUGUCCAUGCUCGCGACGUCGUUCAUCGCGCACUACAACGCGGCGAACUUCUACGUCGAGCUCGAGAACCCGACGCUCGCGCGCUACGGCACCGUCGCCGGCGCCGGCUUCUCCAUCGCCGUCGCCUUCUUCUGCGCCGUCGCGACCUUCGGCCACCGGACGUUCGGCUCCGCCGCGCAGGGCUUCAUCCUCAACUCCUUCGCCGACGCCGACGCCCUCGCGAACGUCGCCAAGUCCCUCGUCGGCGUCGCCGUCGCCUUCACCUACCCCCUCCUCUUCAAGGGCGCGCGCGACGGCCUCUUCGAGCUCCUCGGUUCGUCCGACGACGACAAGGAGAACAUGCGCACGCCCGUGACCGCGGCGCUCGUGGCCGUCACGGUCCUCGCGGGCGUCACGAUCCGCGACCUCGGCUUCGUCGUCGCGCGCGUUUCUUCGGCGUCGUUCGUUUCGUUCGCGCUUUCGGCCGGUCGCGCGCGUUCCUUCACUCCCGUCCGUUCAUAG